GAAGAUAUGGUGUUUCUUGUGAGCUCUGCUAACGAUCCCGCUUUCUUUCUACAUCAUUCUUUCAUCGAUUACAUCUGGGAGACGUGGCGGCAGGGAAAACAGCCUAGGCAAAAUCGUGAGAGCGACUAUCCGAGAGAUGACAUCCGAUGUAACAGCGCUGCUCAUUUUGCUCGUGCUCCUAUGCUUCCGUUCUCACCUAUGUUAAACAUCGAUGGAUUAAGCAACGAAUACACUGUCUUAUAUAUGUUUCAUAUUUUCUCUAUCGAUAUGCGGAACGACCCACUUGCUCAUUUAACGAUCGUAACUGCGGAUCAAGGUACCUCUUUUGCGAUUUAUCUCACGGGCCAGCGCAGUGCGCAUCAAAAGUUGUACCCAACGGCAACUGUACUGGAUUCCUUCGUGGAGAAGAUGUUUGCUACAGGAGCACAUGUAGGCGAGGCACCUGCGUAG